UGACCUCGCAAAUCAGCUGAUCCGGCGUAGACAUCUUUUUUAGUCACGACUGCGGCGAUUGAUUCAAACCUUCUCAACCGUGAUUCUCGGGCCUCGGCGGAUCUUUGACAGCUGCAACCAUGGCGCUCAGCGAUGCUGACGUUCAGAAACAGAUCAAGCACAUGAUGGCCUUCAUCGAACAGGAGGCCAAUGAGAAGGCAGAGGAGAUCGAUGCAAAGGCAGAGGAGGAGUUCAACAUCGAGAAGGGCCGUCUGGUCCAAACCCAGAGGCUGAAGAUUAUGGAGUACUAUGAGAAGAAGGAGAAACAGAUAGAGCAACAGAAGAAAAUCCAAAUGUCAAACCUGAUGAAUCAGGCUCGACUCAAGGUACUAAAGGCACGCGAUGAUAUGAUCUCGGACAUGCUCAAUGAGGCUCGCCAGCGGCUCACUAACAUCGCCAAGGACCCGUCCAGGUAUAUGGCUCUGAUGGACGGGUUGAUCUUACAGGGGUUCUAUCAGCUGUUGGAGCCCAAAGUGACAAUUCGCUGCCGUAAGCAAGAUGUUCAGAUGGUUCAGGCCUCCAUCCAGAAGAACAUCCCCAUUUACAAAGCAGCUGUGAAGAACAAUCUGGAAGUUCGCAUUGACCAGGAGAACUUCCUGUCUCCAGACGUGUCUGGAGGUAUUGAGCUCUAUAACGCUAAUGGAAAGAUUAAAGUGUCCAACACCCUGGAGAGCAGACUGGAUCUAAUGGCUCAGCAGAUGAUGCCUGAAAUCCGGGUCGCCCUCUUCGGUGCCAACCCAAACCGGAAGUUUUUGGACUGAAAACCUCUCCUGUGUUUGCGACAAACUUUAUUAUUAUUGUUUUUUAUUUUGUCUGAUUUAAGACUCCAUUCCUCUGUCUGUAAAACCAAAUUUCUGACGCUGAAGAAGCAUUUUUGUUGUUGUUGUUGUUGUGUGGUGUACUGCUGUAAUUUUCUGUGGAUUAAGAGGCGGUUUACUUGGCUCCAGUCGGUUUGCGGCGGUACUUCAGGGAUUGGCUGGAGGUUUUUAACGCGCCGUCCCCUAACUGGAUCAGUCUUGAUGACAAACAGCCUCUGUGUCAGCGCUUCCUGCAGCACAUUAUAAGUUGCGUGGAUCAUUGUGUAGGUAAUGGGUGUCUGCUCCAACCAAUCAUAGACAAACAAACGGUAUCCUAGAGACGGCCACCGAAAACACCAGUUUCAAAUCUAUCAUUCCUGGAAAUGGAUGUAUCUGAGGUUUACAGAUUAAAAUGUGUUUUUCUUGCUUGUCUUGCUGUAAAUGUUCUACAGUGUAUAAAUAAAUAAAUAUAUACGUG